AUGGACAUCUUCCACGAACGUGUAAAACAUCAAAUGUUUCAUACUGGCCAUGUUGAAAGGUCUGUGUCUCGUUUUCGACGGAUUUACGUUUCGCUCGGUUACUUUCGUUCAGCAAGUUAUUCUACACUUUACACCAGUAUGUCAUUUACUGAGAGUGAAAACUGGUUAGCGCUUUUGGAAAAUGUAUCGCGAAUUAGCAAAAGCAGGGGUGCUGAAGUCAAUCAAGAGUCUGAUGAAAAACCUUUCACUAGGGCAGAGAUAUCAUACCUCAACAAGUUGCUGAACUCCAAGCUUUUUGAGACGCAUGACUUGGACUUUGAAAUCCUAAGGUCUGACCCCAAUCAUCCUCUUCAUUCCGUUCGCACGUUCCAAGAAUUGAACUUAAAAGAACCUCUUCUGAAAGGUAUCGCAGCGAUGGGGUUUUAUAAACCAUCCACUAUACAGGAGCGAGCUUUGAGCAGCCUAAUAUCUGACAACCCACAAAAUAUGAUUGCACAGUCUCAGUCUGGUACUGGAAAAACAGCAACAUUUCUUCUUGCUAUGUUGUCACGUAUUAGCACAGAUGUACAUUACUGUCAAUGCUUGUGUAUGGCACCUACACGUGAGUUGGCAUUGCAGAUAGAAUCAGUUGGUCGACAAAUGGCACAGUUCAUGACGGAGGUAUCUUUUGCUACAGCAGUCCGUUCACCACGUGUCAAAGUCGAUUCGAAUGGGUAUGUAACUGACCAGAUUGUUAUUGGUACCCCGGGUACAAUCGCGAAUUGGUUUCGUGGUACAGGCGAACAUCGUAUUGAUCCAUCCAAAGUUGUUAUGUUUGUAUUAGAUGAAGCUGACAUAAUGAUAGAAGAAGAAGGUUUUCUCAAUAUAUGCAUGCGGGUUAAAAAGAAGUUGUCCAGAAGUUGUCAAAUCCUAUUGUUCUCAGCUACGUAUGAAGAUUCGAUUAUUGAUUUUGCACAUGAGUUUGUUCCCAAUCCGAUAGAGUUUCGCGUAAAACGUACACAACUUCCUUUGAAGAAUAUUAAACAGUUUUAUAUGUGCUUUAGUGAUUGGAUUGAAAAGUAUCAGGCGCUAAAAGAUAUUUAUGGGGGUUUUGAAGUUGGCCAAGCAAUUAUAUUUUGUGCAACACGACAGGAAGCUAGUUGGUUGGACGGCAAAAUGAAUUUGGAUGGUCAUAAAGUCUACAUACUUUCCGGUGAUUUAGAUGUUUCUCAACGCGAAAAAGUCAUUGAAGAUUUUCGUUCAUCAAAUUUCCGAGUUUUAAUUACAACUAAUGUGUGUUCUCGAGGCUUAGAUAUUCCACAAGUGAAUUUAAUAAUAAAUUGGAAUAUGCCAACAACGAGAACUGGUAGUGCUGAUUGGGAAACCUAUUUACAUCGUAUCGGUAGAUCCGGUCGUUUUGGAAAAGAAGGAAUAGCAGUCAAUUUUAUAAUAAGUGAAGAAAUGUACUUAAUAAAAGAAUUAGAAUCACAUUUUGGUUAGUUGUUAAGCUCCAUGUUUUUUUUCUUUUUCUUUUGCAAUUAACGGGAAAGUUUAUUAUCAUAACUUGUAGAUAAUUGAUUAUUUUCACCUAUUAUCCUCCCAUUUUUUAUAACUAAGGUUUUGUGUGAUCGUCGCUCUUAUACAUUAAAAUAUCGUAAUAUACGUUGAAUCUUUAGAGAUAGAAAUUUAAGCUUUCUCUUCAGCUAUUACUUAUUAUGUUAGUGUGAGUUUCAAGAGCAGAUGAUAUAGCGAAUUUACCAGAAACCAACUAUAAAAGUGUUGUUUAAAUGGUCAUGUUGGAUUUACAGUUUAUAUUUGGAUCUUUUACUACGUUGUUGUUAUAUUGACAGACAUAAUGGAAAUUUUGACAUUCAAUUUUUUGAUAACUGUUUAUGAUGGCCGGUGACGACUGGUCCACCAAAUGAGGAGGAAGUCCGCAAGGAACUCCAACUCUUGAAACGUUACAAAUCACCGGGCCCAGACGACUUACCUCCGGCUCUUUUUAAAGAUGGUGGUGACUUUCUGACUAAGGGACUGACAACGUUGUUUGCAAAGGUCUGGGAACUAGAGAGUGUACCAACGUCAUGGAAUGAGUCGAUAGUUGUCCCUAUCUUUAAAAGGGUUCACGUCGUUCCUGUAACAACUAUCGGGGGAUAAGUCUACUUCCGAUCGCGUCCAAGCUAUGGCUUCCGUUGUUCAAAACCCGAGAAAGAUUGACUCGCGAGGAGCAGGCUGGGUUUCGUUCCGGUCGAGGAUGUAUUGAUCAUGUCUUCACCCUCCGCCAAAUGUUAGAACGCCGCCAUACUUAUCAAAGUCCAACAAUCGUAGUGUUUCUUGACAGUAGGGCCGCCUUUGACUCAUUGAAAGGACUGUUCUCUGGGGUUGUCUUUUAAAGAAGGGUGUGUCUGAGAAGCUUAUUAACAUCCUAAAAGCCCUAUAUACAAACACCUCAGGUAGAGUGAGGGCAUAAAACCACUUCUCUUCACUGUUCCACUCAAACAGUGGAGUUAGGCAGGGUUGCUCAAUCUCACCAUUCCUCUUCAACUUUGCCAUCGAUGACAUUCUGAAAACAGCUCUGGUGGAUGUAAGUAAUGGCGGCGUGGAUCUGCUGCCUGGAGAUAGACCUCUCGAUCUUGAGUAUGCGGGUGAUAUUGUCUUGCUGUGAAUGAUAUGCCAGCCAUGCAAUCCGCACUUAAUCAGUUGACAAUCAGUGUCCGUAGGUAUGGUAUGUGCUUUGCACCUUCGAAGUGCAAAGUACUUCUAUAAGACUGGCAGGAUUCUAAUCCUGUACUCACUCUGGAUGGUGAGCAGAUAGAAGUAGUCGAGAAGUUCGUGUAUCUAGGUAGCCGCAUAAGUGCUGGUUGUGGUGUGAGUGAUGAGAUCAAUGCACGUAUAGUGAAAGCCAGAGCGGCUUAUGCCAAUCUGGGCCAUCUUUGGCGCCUUCGUGAUGUUAGUCUGGCUGUAAAAGGUCGGAUCUACAACGCGUCGGUGAGAGCAGUUUUGCUCCAUGCUUGUGAAACCUGGCCCCUCCGAGUUGAAGAUGUCAGACGACUCUCUGUGUCUGAUCGUCGUUGUUUCCGAAGGAUUGCUGACAUCCAGUGGCAACACCAUGUUAUUAAUGCAGAGGUUCGACAUCGAGUGUUCGGGCACAGAGACGAUAAUCCAAUUGUUGUCACCAUCUUGAAACACCGUCUUCGGUGGCUUGGAAAUGUUCUACGAAUGUCGUCCCAGA